CGAGCAGCCCGGCUCUAUAAAAGCCGGGGAUCUGCAGCAUCACCGAGCUGGUGCAGUGCAAAAACGCUCGCUCAUCCUCACCGAUGGUGUGCAGAACAAGGGGGACAUAAAACCUUCUGAAAAACAUUCAUAUCCUUUUCUUACAAACAAAAAAAAUCCACAACAAAAAUUCAUCAUGAGCUACGAUUCCUACCUCUCCUACCGCCGCCCUUGGGACAGCUACAGAGGCUCCCAUUCCACCACCAAAUCCUCCAUGUCUUCCUCCCUCUUCUCUUCUCCUCGAGCUCCGUCGUCCGGGAAGAGGAUCCUGAGGCUGGCCUCCUCUUCCCUGCCGGACGGGUCUGAGCGGAUGGACCUGGCUCAGGCCAGCUCCCUCAACACAGAGCUGCUGGGCCUGCGCUCCCAGGAGAGGGAGCAGCUAGUGGACCUGAACGACCGCUUCGCCACCUACAUCGAGAAGGUGAGGCACCUGGAGCUGCAGAACCGAGCCCUGCUGGCCGAGCUGGAGGCGCUGAGGAGGCGGCAGAACGACCCGUCCCGUCUGCAGACGCUCUACGAGGGCCAGGCACGGAGUCUGAGGGCCAUGAUCGACUCGGAGAACGGGGAGAAGAUGCGGAUGGAGGCGGAGAGAGACUACCUGCGCGACGUGUACGAGCAGAUGAAGGAACGCUACGAGGAGGAGUCGAGGAGGCGUAUGGAUGCUGAGGAGGCCCUGCAGAGGGCCAGGGAGGAGGCCGGCAGGGCCGUGCUCUCCAACUGUGACGCCGAGGCCACCGUGGUCUCUCUGUGUGACGAGAUGGUGUUCCUGAAGAAAGUGUUCGCAGAGGAGCAGGCAGAGCUGCAGGCCCAGCUGCAGGUGGCUAACAUCAGCGUGGAUGUGGAGGUGUCCCGGCCCGACCUGUCCACCGCCCUGCGGGACAUCCGGGCUCAGUACGAGCGGCUGGCAAACAAGAACAUGCAGGCCGCAGAGGACUGGUACAAGAGCAAGUUCGCGAGCGUGGCGGAGAUGGCCAGCAAAAACAACGAGGCCGUGCACGCCAUCCGGGAGGAGACCAUGGAGUACCGGAGGCUGCUGCAGUCGCGCUCCUCGGAGAUAGAAGCUCUCCGGAACGUCAUCGACUCCCUGAAUAAGCAGCUGGAGGAUCUGGAGGAGACGCAGGCCAAAGAGGUGGCAAAGUACCAGGUGAGGAUAAGUGAGCUGGAGCGGGACAUCACUGAUGCCAAGCAGGAGAUGGCGCGUUACCUGAGAGAGUACCAAGACCUCCUCAAUGUGAAGAUGGCCCUUGACAUUGAAAUCGCUGCGUACAGGAAACUUCUGGAGGGGGAGGAGGUCCGACUGGCUUACCCUUCCCUUCCCGCCCUAAACUAAAAACCUAAAUGCCGCCAGCCGGGCAUCAACCUGAAUUCUUCAUCCUCCUCAUCUUUCCCGCCCUGACCUGAACAUCCUCCCUCUCUCCUCUCCUCCCUCAUUUCCUUCACAUCCUCCCCUCUAAAAUACUCCUUUCGUUGAAGUCCAAACCGCCGAACCAAAGCUCAUCGUUCUUAAGACAGAUGCGCCCUUGUGCUGAACAAGAGGUCCACGAGAAGUCCCCCUUCUUCUCCACACGUUGACACCACACAUCCAGAAGACGGCAAACUGUAAUCUGCAGACCGCCCGCGCUGCGUUCGUUACAUAGCUAGAUAUCGGACAGCUCUGUUGUUUUGGCUGAGUUCCUUUUCUGUGUCGCACGUUGAAGUCCAAGCAGCAGAGUUUCUGAUUGGCCGUCUGGGUCCUCCCUGUGCAAACAUUUGACCAAUUGUUUGUGACGGAGGACGGAAAUCUGCUUUUACCUCUCGAUGCUUGGACUUCAUGUGUGAAGCUGCAGCGGUAUUGACCGGGAACUCCUCCAAUCGAUGCCGCUGUGUCCUGCACCCCUGGUUCUGUAGUCGUAGUGGAUGAACCAGUAACCUUAAAGAUUCCUUUCUCUAUAUUAAAGACCCAUUUUUAGUCUUUUUAGUUCUUCUUCCUCUGCAUUUACACCGACACAGACAGUUUAGAUUUCUCUCUUCUGACCCGUCUGUCUUCUCUUGUAAAUGCUGUGGAAGACUCCUUGUUACUGGUUUGUCCUCCUUACUGUUCCUGCAGUGUCUCGCAGCCUCUCUGCAUUAGAUUCUUUUCUUUCUGUUCUGUGAGUUCAUUCGAAGCUACAUGAUGAAACUGGAGGUUUAACUGCAGGAGCUCCUUGUUGUCUGUCUGCUGGUGUUAGAUCUAAGCGGUGCUUCGAACCCAUCUGUGAAACUAAUCUGCACCGUGCCGCUCGGCAACAAGCUGAAUAAACAUAUAACUGACCUGCAAACCA